AUGACGAACCAGGUCUUCUACCACGACCAAUUCCACAUGGUCGAGUGCUACCAGACCCUCAAAUGGGGAGUCGCCGUCUACUCCGGCAUUGCUACCAGCGCAUUUCGGACCUUCCAAGUGAUGCAGUACAAGGACGAGAUUGAACCGUUGACCAUCCUGAACGCCGGUGAAGGCGAGGGAGACUUGCAGUUGAUGGAGUUCAUGUUCAGGUACCCUACUAUCUCGGAGGUUCGAGCUGCUGCUGACUUGAUGCUUGCCGGAAGGCGAGCCGUGGAUCAAAUCGAAUUGAGCCCGGCCGACAUUGUGGAUGCAGUUGACCAAGAGAUAAUGAAUUGGUUGCUGCAAGAGGAAGAGACGGAUGUCGUGCGCCUGAAGGAUACCAGCCACGUGCUGGCCCAGGAGAUGAACCCGGACGACCUGUUGCGAUUGCCCAUCGACGCAGAAGAAUUGGACGAAAGUGAGCACGAUGAGAGGCAUCGCAUCAUUAUGAAAGAGCUGUACCCAGACUUGCCAACUCCAAUGGGGGGCCAAGAACUUGUGGAAGAGUUCCCAUGGGAAGUUCCAGACGAAGGAGAUGCGCUCGACUUCGAUGAAUGGGAACGAGCCCUCGAGGAGAAAAAGAAGAAUCCGGAUGCAAGCUCAUUCAUCCCGCCAGUUGAAGUGCCUCUUCCGCCACCGAAGACUGAGGAAGAAAAGGCAGAUGAUGAAGCCUUUGCUGAUGUUCGCACCGAAAAGUCCUAUGUGAUCGUUGAGCAUCCCGAAGAGGAACAACCAGACUGGGACGAUGAUGAUGCGGACUCGGCGGUAUUCAAGUCUGCGGGGCGCUCAGAGACGGGCGAGGCCGAUAAGCCCGAACCCAUGGAGGUCGACGAAAAGGCCCAAGGGGAGCAGAAGAAGGCGGAUGAAGAAGCCGCUCCCGAAGGCCAGAAGGACGUCGAUCCAACAGCUGAUGAACCCCAAGGUGAAGAAGCCAAGGAGACUCCGGGCCAGGCUAGUCAGGAGAAGACUCAGACUGACGACGCCCAGCCCAUGGAGAUCGACCUGACUGGUGAGGAUGACGCGGAGAAGCAAAAGCCGAAGAAGAAGCCCUCUGCCACGAAGCCCCAGAAGCCAAGCGUGCCGGAAGGUUCGCCGAAGUCAGAACUCACGGAGCUAGAAAAGGCCGCUGCUGAGGCCAAAGCUCACUACGAGGAACUGAACUACGUCGACGAGAAAACCGGCCGAAUCGUGGUGAAAGGGGAAAAGGAAGAGCGAGACGCUCGAUUCAAGAAGUGGAAAGAAGCAGAGAGGCUUGCCAUUCGGCCCAAGGCGCAGCCGAAGCAGGUGAGGCGUCCUAACCUGGAACCCACCUUGCGGGCAAUCGACACCGAAGAUCCCAGCAAGGAUCUCGAAUUUGCCCAGCUUCCGGGACAAGAGGUGUGGCUCGGUCCAGAGCACCUUCGCCAAAUCCCGCGCCGGGAUGUUGAGUGGGGCCGUUUUCGGUGGAUCUCCCAAGAGCUCACAUCCCACCUCCGCGGCCAUAAGGAACUGAAAGGGUUCAACACGCCGGACUUCGAGGAGGACGGCAGUAAGCCCUGGAAGGCGUACGCCAAGAUGCGACAGAUGUAUCAUGAAGAAAUGAAAAGUCAUUCCACUGACGAUCCGCAGUUCCGAUUGAGCAAGCUAGCCGAAGCCCGGAAUUACAUGCUGAACAAUGCUCGCCAGAAUCAGCAGCACGUGAAGGUAGGCCAGGUCAACCUGAUGCGAGGCGCAGUCAAGAUGACGGGCAUCACCGACGAGGUGGCCCUGACUCAGAGCCAAGCGUCCCGGGAGGGUCCGCCGCCAGAGCUUACCGGCUUUAUGCUGGGACAAGUGUGCAUCAUCAUCAAUGAGGAGAUGUCUGGCUGGGCAGGAAAGGGCAAGUCAAAGGGCAAGUCCAAGGGCAAGAAGGGCAAGGGCAAAGGAAAAUUUCGCGACAUCAAAGACGAAGAUCUGAUGGCGAAUGAGAUUGUCCAGAUCCCCAAGCGGGUGUGCCCAUCACCCUUGUGUGCGACGAAGCACUUUGAUGGCCAGCACAAAUGCGACUACUGUCGCCAAGACUUGCAGGUCUGGUCCGACGCCCGAUCGGCCAGUGAACUUGCUCGACUGGAAGAGACGGCCAACCUCAACGAGUCCGUCGUCGCAUUGGAUCAGCUUUCGACAAGGUCCUUUCGCAAGGCGAACGUCGUCAAAGACACAUCCAAGGGCGAACAGCAGCGCGGCGCCAAAUCGGCGUUCGGCCUAGUCAAGAGACUGGCCGUCAACUACGUCAGGAAGGCGAAGCAGCUGGGAUUGCCCGGACCGACGAAGCGACUGGAGGUUGAUCCGUUGUUUGCCUACAACUGUGCAACAACACAGCUCACGUCAGGGUCACUCACCUUUCUUCACCGACUUGCACGAGCGAUCUUUGCCAACCCUGGACGAAGCGCUCUCGAGCGGAAGAGGGCCCUUGACGACCAAGAGAGGGAGCACCACUCCAAGUUAUGCUUUAUCCCCAUCAUUGCCAGGGAUCCGAACGAAGCCAUGUCGAUCGAAGACGAAUCGUUCGUAUGUCAUCACAAUCGUUUCUUCAACUUGAAGCAGUUUUCGAUGUGGUGCUCGCUGGCCCGCACACGCAACGAACCCGUCGUUGCCGUGGAGGGAUGGGGAAGCUUGGAGUGCGUGCCGGAAGGCGACGCCGUGCAGAUCCUGAGCGACUUAGUGGAAUUUGCUGAACGCAAUUGGGCUCGAGCCUGUGAGGGAACCGAGUACUCCGACACGACAAUCUUUUCAGGACGGUUUCCAGAGGUGAAGCUCACCGAGCGGCGAUCCACUGCAAAGGAGAGCACGAAGACAGCCUUCGAUCCUCGCUCAAAAGGAGUCGGGAAAGACGCCAAGCUCUGCUACGAGUGCGGCUCACCCGACCAUCGUGCCCGCGACUGCCCAGAAGCAAAGGGUCGCAACAAGGGCAAGGGCAAAGGCAAGGGGAAGAGCCAGUAUCAAGGAGGCUGGCAGAGCAGCUGGAACCAAGGAUGGGGAGGUUCCUGGGGCUCCGGUUCAUGGGAUUGGAACCGCUCCGGGCGAUCCUCAUGGCAGAGUGAGGCUGCCUCGUCAUCUUCCUCCGACUGGUGGUCCUCGUCCAAGGGAGGCUGGUGGAACCGCUGA